CGCUGCGGAGGGGAGCGCGCCCUGCUCGCGCUGCCCGGGCCUCAUCCCGCCCUCAUCCCGGGCCUCAUCCCGCCCUCCCGCCGGCCGCGCUCCUGCCCGGGGCCCGGCCCGGCCCGGCUCUGCCCUGUCCUGCCCUGUCGGCCGCCGCCGCUGCUGCCUCUCGCCUCCUCCCGCCGUCCCGCUGCGCCACAGAAAGGCUGAGAAUAUGAGCCUCUACAAUUUGGACCGGUUCCGCUUCGAGAGGAAGGGGAAGGGCGCGAAGCAGGUGUCGCCGUCCCCGCCGGCGGCCUGCGCGGAGGCACCUGUGGCUGCUGCCGCGCUCCGUGCUGCUGCAGGGGGUGAGGAGGAAGGUGCGGAUGACAACAAGAGGCCAGACACUCCGGCUUCGGACCUGUCAGAGAGAACUGAGUAUUCCACCAUCCCAGAAACUCCUGAAGCUCAGAGGACAAAGAAAGAGUCUUACUUCAAGCGCCAGCGAGGAGUGCACUUCCUCGAUCUGUCUGACAGUGAGGAUGAGGAGCCAAGAAACGUCAGUGCUGCCAAAGAAACCCGGGCUCCGAGGGGAGAAGUGGUCUUAAACUCUGAACUGUAUGAUGAUGAUGACCAGCCUGAGGAGGAAAUGUCCCAGCUGGCACUUGUAAAUGGUGGGGAGCAGCAGCCAGCUGUGAAGGAGCAUUUAGAGAAGGAUACCAGAGACUCAAAGCUGCAAACAAUGAAGGAACGUUUUCCUCAGAGAAGUGACCAAGAAUUAUUAAAACUGAUAGAAUCAGCAUGCACAAUGGAUGAAGCAGUAGCUGCUGGCUUGAAGCUCAAUGACAAAGCUGCCUCUAGUAAAAGGAAAGAAAGAGAUUCUCCCACAAAUUGCAAAACCAAAAAUGAGCGAGUUGCAAAAAAGUCAAAAGUUAGUUAUCUGGAUGAUUCAGAACCCAAAAGACAAUGGGAGAGGCAAGAGAUGCUUGUGAAGAAGUUGCAAAGUACAUUCCCUGGAUUGGAUAAGGAGGAGCUGAGAGAGGUACUUGAGGAACAUAACUGGGUGUUUCAUGAUGCACUGGAGGCCCUGAAAAUAUUUGCAGAUGAUGAGGAGGGUAUGGAAUUUCCUCCCAAAAGGAAAGUUGCUGACUGGACCGAAGCCUCUACUAAAACCCCAAGCGAGGAGAGUAAAGAUAAGAUGAAGCAGAAAGCUUCUGAGAGAGAGCAGAAUGGCUUUCAGAAAAAGGACAAAGUCAAAAGGAGCAUUUUGAGUGCUGAGAGAGAAACAGAUCAUGUGGAGGAUGAGUCCUCUUCUGAAGACGGUGGAAGCUCCCUGGAUGAGGACUACAGCAGCGGUGAUGAAGUGAUGGAGGAUAGCUACAAAGCUAAAAUCCUCAGCUUCCUGCAGGAUGCUUCCCUGAGUGAACUGACUCUGAUUCCCCAGUGUUCUCAGAAAAAGGCUCAGAAGAUAAUAGCACUCCGGCCCUUUAACAGCUGGGAGGCUCUGUUUACUAAAAUGACGAAGACUUCUGGUUUGUCAGAAGAUAUAGUGUGGAACUGCAAGAUACUGCUGAAGGAGAGGGAGGUGGUUCUAAAGCUCAUGAAUAAAUGUGAAGACAUUUCCAAUAAACUGACAAAACAGGUAACCAGGAUUACUAGAGAUGGAGAAUGUGGAUGGAACAUAGAGCAGCCCUCCAUUCUGAAUCGCAGUUUGAAACUGAAGCCAUAUCAGAAGAUUGGUUUGAACUGGUUAGCACUGCUGUAUAAGCACAGAUUGAAUGGCAUCUUGGCUGAUGAAAUGGGCUUAGGGAAAACAAUUCAAGCUAUUGCAUUUCUGGCUUAUCUUUACCAAGAGGGCAAUAAAGGUCCCCAUUUGAUAGUUGUACCAGCUUCAACAUUAGAUAACUGGAUAAGAGAAGUUCAUCUGUGGUGUCCUGAACUGAAUGUCCUCUUUUACUAUGGAUCCCAAGAAGAUAGGAAGCAUCUCAGGUUGGACAUUCACAAUAAAGUAGUUGAUUUCAAUGUGAUUGUGACUACAUACAACUCUGCAAUGAGCAGCUCAGAUGAUCGAGGACUGUUCCGCAGGUUGAAGCUUAACUAUGCAAUUUUUGAUGAAGGUCAUAUGCUCAAGAACAUGAGCUCUAUCCGCUACCAGCACCUCAUGACAAUUAAUGCCAAGAAUCGCUUGCUGCUAACAGGGACUCCAGUUCAAAAUAAUCUGUUGGAAUUGAUGUCCCUCUUGAAUUUUGUCAUGCCUCAUAUGUUCAGCAGUAGCACUAGUGAAAUUCGAAGGAUGUUCUCUUCAAAAACUAAAAGUGCUGAAGAGCAAAGCAUAUAUGAGAAGGAGAGAAUAGCACAUGCAAAGCAGAUAAUAAAGCCAUUCAUCUUGAGAAGAGUAAAAGAUGAGGUCCUUAAACAACUACCUCCCAAAAAAGAUCUCAUUGAACUGUGUGCCAUGUCUGAGAAACAGGAGCAACUCUACUUGGCUCUUUUAAACAAGCUCAAGAAAAGCAUUAACAGUAAUGAGAAUAACUCCAAUAUGGGAAAUGCAAUGAUGCAACUUAGAAAAAUGGCUAAUCACCCUCUUUUGCAUCGUCAGUAUUACACAAAUGACAAGCUCAGGACAAUGUCCACCCUCAUGCUCAAGGAACCCACACAUUGUGAUGCUAACCCUGACCUUAUCUUCGAAGAUAUGACAGUAAUGACAGAUUUUGAGCUGCAUGUUCUUUGUAAGCAAUAUUCUCACAUCAAUGACUUCAUGUUAGACAUGGAUCAGAUCCUGGAUUCUGGAAAGUUUAGAGCAUUGGAACGCAUUCUCUCCAACCUUAAAGAGAAGGGUGACAGAGUUGUGUUGUUUAGCCAGUUCACGAUGAUGCUGGACAUCUUGGAAGUUUUGCUAAAACACUGGCAACAUAGAUACCUCAGGCUGGAUGGAAAAACACAGAUUUCUGAGCGGAUACACCUGAUAGAUGAGUUCAAUACAGAUAUGGAUAUAUUUGUAUUCCUUCUGUCCACCAAAGCUGGAGGCUUGGGCAUUAAUCUGACCUCGGCCAACAUUGUUAUCCUUCAUGACAUUGACUGCAACCCUUACAACGAUAAGCAGGCCGAAGACCGGUGCCACAGAGUGGGGCAGACACGAGAAGUACAAGUCAUAAAGCUCAUUAGCAAGGGGACUAUUGAAGAAACCAUGCUAAAAAUCAGCCAACAGAAACUGAAGUUAGAACAAGAUAUGACUGCAGCAGAAUCAGGAGAAGAAGGAAGCAUUCCAGCAGAUAUAGCCACACUAUUAAAAGCUUCAUUGGGUCUCUAAAAUGUAAAUAUGUUGUGAAAUUUAAGGAAGAAAUGUGAUUAAUUAUUCCAAGGACUCUUACAUUACUGUUGACCAGAGGUUUUAUGAAUGUUUAUAACUUUUUGUAGUUUCUUUACUGUAUUGCUCAUGUUAUUGAAAAUUUUUAACACCAAUAGCAUUUUUUGAUGCUUAAAAGCAUAAAUGGCCCAGAUGUGCCAACCUCAGAUGCUGAAUAAAGGUUUUACAGAUCAAUUUUUAAAAUGGGGACCUAAGUAGUAAAUUGUUUUAACAAAUCUGCUACUGCUUAAGAUUUGUCAGUAUUUUUGUAAUUAUUUCUACCUCCAAAUAUAUAUAUAUAUAUAAGCUGUCUGUUUCACUGGAUUCCACAUGUAAAUUUUUUUAUAUGUGCCUUAUUUGACGAUGCUCAAGUCUGUUUCUGCUUGUUUUGGUUCAUUUGAUGUACCGUACUGGUUUUGUAUCAACUUGUUCCAAUAAAAUUCCAUACAUUGACAAAA